CGACUAAAUAAGGCAAGGGCGGAACAAGUAUUUCGGUGAAAAGUGUUUGGGGGGGGCGGCAGAAAACGACACGAAGGAGGCAUUGAACUGAUUCUCGUUGUUGAGUUUUUUCAAGUAUUAUUUAAAAGAAAUAAACGGAAUAAAGAUGUCAUAUGAAACAAAGUACAUAUUUGCUACACUACCCAGGACACAGAGAGGACAACCUCUUGUACUAGGAGGAGAUACGAAAGGAAAGAAUUUUUUAUACACUAAUGGAAAUAGCGUCAUUAUUAGAAACAUCGAUAAUCCAGCUAUCGCAGACAUUUAUACGGAACAUUCUUGUCCGGUUAACGUCGCUAAAUAUUCUCCGAGUGGAUUUUAUAUAGCUUCGGGUGAUCAAUCGGGUAAAGUACGUAUUUGGGACACCGUUAACAAAGAACAUAUUUUGAAGAAUGAAUUCCAUCCUAUCGGAGGACCUAUUAAAGAUAUAGCAUGGUCACCCGAUAAUCAGCGUAUGGUAGUAGUCGGGGAGGGAAGAGAAAGAUUUGGUCAUGUAUUCAUGGCGGAAACCGGUACAUCUGUAGGUGAAAUUUCUGGUCAGAGUAAGCCAAUUAAUUCGUGCGACUUCAGACCGGCAAGACCGUUUAGACUAAUCACCGGGAGCGAAGACAAUACCAUUGCUAUUUUCGAAGGCCCGCCAUUUAAGUUCAAAAUGACAAAGCAGGACCAUACCAGAUUCGUGCAGGCCGUGCGUUACUCUCCCAGCGGCAAUCUGUUCGCAUCCGCAGGAUUUGACGGGAAAGUGUUCAUUUAUGAUGGUACAACCUCCGAUUUAGUUGGAGAAGUAGGAUCACCCGCCCAUCAAGGUGGAGUAUACGGAAUAGCUUGGAAACCCGAUGGAACACAAUUAUUAACUGCCUCCGGUGAUAAAACAUGUAAACUAUGGGAUGUAGAAACUCGCUCGUUGGUUAGCGAGUUCAAUAUGGGUUCAACAGUCGAUGAUCAACAGGUCAGUUGUUUAUGGCAAGGAAAUCAUUUGCUGUCCGUAUCUCUAAGUGGAUUCAUUAAUUAUCUGGAUGUUGACAAUCCCGAGAAACCGAUUAGAAUAAUAAAGGGUCAUAAUAAACCGAUAACAGUAUUAACUUUGAGUCCUGACAGAAGUACAAUUUAUACUGGAUCUCAUGAUGGUUAUAUUACCAAUUGGAAUGCACAAACGGGAGAGAACGAUCGUGUUCAGGGCCACGGUCACGGAAACCAAAUUAACGGGAUGAAAGCUGCUAAGAACUUACUUUAUACCGCUGGUAUCGACGACACCUUGAGAACCAUUGAAAUACCUACAAAUGCAUAUGUGGACACGUCUGUAGUUAAACUAGACUCUCAACCGCGAGGUUUAGAUAUUUACAAUGAUAUAGUCGUAAUUGCAACUAUUCGACAGAUCACCGUAACUCAAGAUGGCCGGAAGGUAUCGAGUGUACCUAUCGAUUACGAACCUUCUUGCGUAUCGAUUAAUCAAGAAAAUGGUGAUGUAGCCAUAGGUGCUACAUCAGACAAUACAGUUCGUAUCUAUACACUGUCGGGUACGAACCUGUCUCCGAAAACUGAAUUGGAACAUUUAGGUCCAGUGACGGACGCCUCUUACAGUCCUGAUAGCAAAUACUUGGUAGCUUGCGACGCAAACAGAAAAGUGAUCCUUUAUGUUGUUCCAGAAUAUAAGCUUGCACAUAAUAGGGAAUGGGGCUUCCACAAUGCAAGAGUUAAUUCCGUAGCAUGGUCUCCCAAUUCAGAUAUGGUUGCAAGCGGUAGUCUUGAUACAACGAUUAUUAUCUGGAGCGUAACAAAUCCAGCGAAGCAUACCAUCAUUAAAAAUGCUCAUCCACAAAGUCAAAUAACGCGUUUAGUUUGGAUCGAUGAGGAAACAUUGAUCUCAGUCGGACAGGACUGCAAUACUAAAAUAUGGCGUAUAGAAAAGAUUUAAUUAAUUUUUUGAAAUAUUUAUCUGUUUUUAAUUUUUUUUUUUAAAGAGCUUAUCUUUGAAUGCAUUUUAUUUAUUUUGUAGUCGAUAGCGAAUGGAUAUUGUAUAUUAUUUUUUAAUACGAUUUUUGACCUUAAUCGGACUUUACUGUGAUCCUUUUAUAUUCGAUUUUUCAAACAAUCAAAAUGCGUAAACUUUACAAACGAAAUUACCGCACGUAUCUAUUUUACAUUUUUGCGCAGUGUCAAUUACAAAUAAAGUUUCUACAUGCUGUAAUUAUUUUUUUAAAUGUUUACAGUAUGACUGACGCAGUAUACCGUUUUUAAUUCGUCAAUUUUUGACUGGGUGAUUGUAAAAAGAAUUAUCUGUGAAAAAAAAACUCAAAACGAACAAAUUUGUCCUACUCUGUUGUCUUUAUUGAAACAGUGUAACGAUAACAAGAAAACAGUAACAAUUCGAACACUAAGGGUCUCGAGGAACGUGAUCACACUUUAAGUUAUUUGUACAUUUAAAAACAAAAUAAUUGAGGUGUUACUAUAAUUUGACUUAUUCUUAAUCAGUCUAGUACUGAAUGUCUCUUAAAAAGAUGAGGUACAUAAGUUUUUAUAGAAUCGCCUCCUAAAUUCACUCGUUUAAUAAAAUAUUCAACAGCAACGUUUACCUUUUCCAUGGAAACGCAGUUGAGGGAUUAUAUAAAUCGGGUAGUCUUUAUAUUGCUUCUCUUUUUUUUCUUUUUUUUUUUUGUAAUUCAUUGUACUUAACAACGCUAUAUUGGACAUUGUUCCAACUAAAUUAUGAUAAUGUGACUGAAGUAUAAUUACACGAAGCGUGUAAUUUAAAUAAGGAAGCGCUUUAAAAACUUAACAAUAAAAAUCGAAAUACUUUCAUAACGAUUUGACCUUUUCUCAAUUGAAAAUCCGGUACUUAAAAGAGAAUUA